GUUCAACAAAUAUUCUACAUACUUCUCAAGGAUACUACUAUUUUAUAAAGAUCAUACACAUAUCUUGAUAUUCCUGUAUUCUAGUUUUGUACAUUAUAAAAUAUGGGAAAUCAUACAGUGAAUGAAGUUAAUAACUAUUUUGAACAUGGUAGCGAUGUUGAAGAUGAUAUCAAUACUGUAGCAUCAUCUAUAAAUACUCAUCUUACCGAAACUAAUCAAUGCGCUUUAAUAUCUUCUACAUCGGAUACAUUAUCAGUUCCUCCUUUACCUCCACAUAAUCUGGGACAUGAUAAAUCAUUAUCUUCUUCAUCAAUAUCAACACCUAAUCUAGAUAAUAUCAAUGUUAAACGAUUAACUGAUUCUGUAAUGCUUCGAUGUGAUCAUAAAGAAUCUUCUCAGGUAAUCACUUCAGCUAUUGAUGCUCAAGUGAAAUCGAUCAAUGAAAUGUUAUCGUAUUUUACCAAAUUAGUUAAAGCUGAAAAAACUGUUCAACAAGCUUUAUCGGAUUUAUUGAGUGAUCAAAUGGAAUCUGCAAGUGUGGUUGACGAUAAUGAUCAACGUUCAAAUGCUGGUACUAUGCGUAAUUUAUUUAAAUCAAAUUAUUCUCGUGGACGUCGUCGUGGACGUCGUAUAACAAUGAAUAUUUUAAAUAAAAAUUUAUCAAAUUCACCUACUGACAAUGAAUUGAAUAAACUUUUACAAAAUCUUGUCAUUUCAACAAAUCAUCAAGUACGUAUGUAUUCAACACGUGCAUUAUUUCAUAAAUUAAUCACUGCUGGACAAUUGGAUAGUUUAAAUAAUUGUGAACAAUGUUUAAAACGAACUUAUUUAGAAUGUGAAGAUGAAUUGAAAUCACAAGCACGUCAAUAUAUGUUAAGUUUGAAAGCAUACGAAAAGAAAUAUUUCAAAUAUCUUGGUCAAUUGUCUAAUAUACAAUCGAAAUUAACCAAUUUAUGUGAUAAACGUUUAACAAAUAAUCGUAAAGUAGUUGAUAGUUUAAUGAAUAGCCUGGAAUAUUCUACAAAGAAAUUGCAUUUAUUACAUAAUGAAUAUUGUUUGGCAUUAAUCACUGCGAAUCAUUAUCAACAAUGGUUGUAUACACAUUUACGUCCAUGUCUAUUGAAAGGUGUUGAGCGUACUAUGCAAUUAGCUGCGGAAGUUGUUUGGCAUCUUUUAGUUUUUGGCGGUGAAAAUAUUCAUCAUUUUCAAUCGAAUUGGUUGAAAGAAUUUCAAUCGGAAUUAGAUUUAACAAGUUUAUUAGAACAAAAUGGAGUACAAUUUCCUGGACCUGUACAUCAUAAUUUCAAUCAAGCAUUACAUAAUAAUACAACGCUAACAGGGAAUCUUUCACCUGGUUCUUUAAUUGUCAAUGAUUUAACUGGACAAACAUUAAUUGAAUUAACACAAUUACAUAAAAAUAAAGAAUUAUUACAUAGAGAAACAGUGAAUCAAAUGACUAAAGAAUGUUUACAAUGGGAAGAUGCAUUAUCACAAUGGCGUGCUGUAUUUGCUAAUCCUGGUCCUAAUCCAUGGUCAACAACAACUAUAUUCACUACACCCACAUCAAAAAAUAUUUCACCGAUAGAUCAUUCUUCCAAUGGUUUGCAUUCUAUGAAAGAUGAACAUGCGAAUCAAUUCACAUCAUCAUUACCUGAUAUUCAAGAUUUAUGGCAUGAUGAUCGUGCACGUCCGGUGAAUCUUUGUGAAGUAUCAUUUCGUUUAGCAAUUUGUGAAUUUGAAUUAUGUUUUGCUAAUUGUCUUGCUGAUUCUGAAUUACAAUUAGUCAAUAUUUUAACGGAUGCACAAUGUCGAUUAAAUUGGCUUUCAUUCACAAAACAAUUAACCAAUGAUUAUCCAGUGAAUAUAAUGACACCGAUUACAUUUUUACAUGAUUCUUGUGAUACUACUACUACUACUACUAAUACUACUGCUAAUACUACCACGAACAAUACUACUCAUGAACAUACCAAUACUACUAGUAAUAGUAGUAGUAAUAAUAAUCAUAAUCAUCAUGACGAUGUAGAUAUGCAAAAUGGCAUGGAUGAGAAUUGUAAUCAUCUUGUCAUAAUGAAUGGUCAUGAUAAUUCGAUUCCCAUUUCUAAUUUGAAUGAUUCUUAUUCGGUGACAUCGAAAUUCAUGGAACAAAUGUCACAUUCACCAUUUGCUCUAUCCACAUCGACUACAUCCGAUGUGUUGUCGUGUAUGGAACAACCACCGCCGUCGCUACACCAACACCAACAACAACAACGUCCAGAACGUAAUCGUCUAUGGCAAAGUGUACGACAAUCAAUGUCAAAAUUUCGUUCACAUUUUUUCAUUAGAAAUAAUCAUGUUCGUUCGUCAACAAGUGCUAUACCAACUACACGUACAACAUAUCAAUCUCGUCUACGUGAAACUAUUAUCACUUCGAUACCAUUGUUCAAUACAACAAAUGAGCACAGUACUACUACUACUACUCCUGCUACUACUGAUAAUCCCAACGAAAAUCAUAAUCAUAGUCAGUUAGCUUAUAAUUCAACUGUCAAUGGAAUCACUGAUCAAAAAUAUUUAGCUGCCGAUACUCCAUUACAUCAUCAUUUCAAUAAACAGUUGAAUAAUACUAACCAAAGUUCAAUUCAAUCUAAUCGUGAAUCACAAGAUUCCACAUCCAUCUUAGCUAGUUUCCCCAUAGUGAGUGAGUUUGAUAUUGAUAUCAAUAAAGAACCAUGGUUUCAUGGUGUUUUGCCUAGAGCAGAAGUGGAACGUCUUUUACAGAAUCAAGGUGAUUUUCUUGUACGACAAACAAGUAAACGUGCCAAUGGACGUGAUACUUUGACGCAUUGGAAUGGAACUAGUGGAGAGUUAUUAGUCAAUGGAAAUCAUAAUGAAACACAGUUGAAUAAAGAUAUGAAUAAUGAUGGAACUGUACUACUACGUAUGGUUUUAUCGGUAUUUUGGCAUGGACAUCGACAUUUUAUUCUAUAUGGUGGACCACAGUCUGGUGAAGGUUGGCAUUUAGAAGAUGGUCAUUUUUCUACCAUACGAGAACUCAUUGAAUAUCAUAUGAAAACUCAAACUCCUGUAACAGCUAAAUCUGGUGCAUGUCUUGUAACACCAAUAUCCAGACCGGAUUGGGAAUUAGACAAUCGUGAUGUACAGUUAUUACAAAAAAUUGGUCAGGGUAAUUUCGGUGAUGUGUACCGAGGUGUAUACAAUGGCUGUGAGGUUGCAGUGAAAACUUGUCGUGUCGAUAUGACUGCAUCUGAUUUACGUAGGAAAUUUCUUCAAGGUGAAACUACAGCAUUGAAUUUCAAUCAUCCAAAUAUUGUUAAAUUAAUUGGUAUUGCAGUUCAAUCUUAUCCAAUUAUGAUUGUUAUGGAAUAUGUACCAGGUGGUUCCCUACUUAAUCAUUUACGUAAAUCGAAAAAUGCAUUGCCUGUAAUGAAACUUCUACAAAUGAGCUUAGAUGCUGCUAAUGGAAUGAUGUAUUUAGAAGCAAAAAAUUGUAUUCAUCGUGAUUUAGCCGCAAGAAAUUGUUUAAUCUCAGAUAAUGGUCAAUUGAAAAUAGCUGAUUUUGGUAUGUCAAGAGAAGAACACAUUUAUGAAUUAAGUGAUAAACGUGGUCAAAUUCCAAUUAAAUGGACAGCACCUGAAGCAUUACGUACUGGUCGUUAUACUAUUAAAUGUGAUGUUUGGUCUUAUGGUGUAUUAUUAUGGGAAAUAUUCACUUUCGGUGAUAUACCAUAUCGUAAUUGGUCUAAUCAACAAACUAGAGAUAUGAUUGAAUCAGGUUAUCGACUACCUGCACCUGAUUUAAUGCCAGUUUGGUUACGUACAUUAAUGAAUCAUUGUUGGCAUGAUGAACCAGUGAAUCGUCCAAGUUUUGCAAAAAUUUCACAAGAAAUCAAAAUACCCAAUGUUAAUUCAUACACACCAAAUUUGAAUCGAUCAACCGACGCCAACAGUCAAUCAUAUUCAAUAAAAAAGUCAACCGUUGAACAUUUAUCAUCGUCAACUACUACUAGUACUACUACUACUACUACACCGUCACAUUUCUGUGCAAUUCCUGUGAAAGAUAAACGUAUUCGUGAGAAUUAACAAAAAUGCCCACUCAAUCUAAAACUGUCCAUGUACAUACAUAUAUAUAUAUAUAUAUAUAUAUAUACAUAUAUACAGCAGCUAUUCAACACACACACACGCGCACACACAC